AUGGCUUGGAAUGAGACCAAACUCAAGCGGCUCUAUCAAGUCUGGAGGGGAAGCAAUAAAUUUCUGUGUGGAGGGAGGUUAAUCUUUGGUCCAGAUGCAUCAUCUCUAUAUUUCUCAACCAUCUUGAUCCUUGCUCCUGCGGUGAUGUUCUUCGUCAAAAUGUACCUGAAAAUGGCUGAUCCUCGAACCAAGCAUCCACAUCUUUGUAUUCCUAUUCUCUGUGUGGCUUGGAUACUCACCAUUUUGGACAUUUUCUUCCUCAUGAUGACAUCUAGUAGAGAUCCCGGGAUUGUGCCAAGAAGUUUAAAGCCGCCGGAAUCAGACGAUGCGCCGGAUUCAACAACUCCGUCGAUGGAAUGGGUUAGCGGUAGAACCCCAAACAUAAGAUUGCCGAGAGUCAAAGAUGUAACAGUUAAUGGACAUACCAUAAAAGUGAAAUUCUGUGACACAUGCUUGCUCUACCGUCCUCCUCGAGCUUCUCAUUGUUCCAUCUGUAACAAUUGUGUUCAGAGAUUUGAUCAUCACUGCCCUUGGGUUGGCCAAUGCAUUGGAGUGAGAAAUUACAGGUUCUUCUUCAUGUUCAUAUCAACAUCAACAACACUGUGCAUAUACGUGUUUGUGUUUUCUUGGUUGAACAUAUUCCAAAGGCAUACGGAUGAGAAGAUUAGCAUCUGGAAAGCUAUCUCCAAAGAUGUUCUGUCUGAUAUUCUCAUUGUCUACUGCUUCAUCACCGUUUGGUUUGUUGGUGGACUCACAAUAUUUCAUUCCUAUCUCAUCUGCACCAACCAGACUACUUAUGAGAAUUUCAGAUAUCGAUAUGAUAAGAAGGAGAAUCCAUACAACAAAGGGAUUUUAGGGAAUUUAUGGGAGAUAUUUCUGUCUAAGAUUCCUCCAUCAAUGAACAAGUUUAGGUCAUUUGUGAAGGAAGAAGAUUAUAUGAUGGCUGAGACUCCUACUUCGAAUCUUGGUGAGAGUCUAGUUAGCUCCAAGGAGAAGAUCGAUAUCGAAAUGGGAGGAGGAGGAGGAGGAAGGAUUAUCGAUGAGAGUGGGAAGAGUUACUCACUCCCUGAGAUUCUCCGGAAUUUGAACUAUGAAGAUCUUGAGGAUGAUUGUGAGGAAGAUGACUUGAAGGCUAAAGAUCAUCAUCAUCAUCAACACCAUCAACAUAAUCAUAAUGAAGGAGUCGUCUCUCCUUUCGAUCCGUUUUUUACCAAUGAGAGAAACGGAGAAGAAGAGUCAGGAGGAUCUUCGAGUGAUGAUGGAGAUGCAGAGAAACGCGUUCGAGUCUCCAUUGGUGAUGAAGAGAAAGUUGAAGGGUAUGAACGAAAUUGGAAUACUGAUAAAGGUCACGCAGGAUCUGAGGAUGGAGCAAGCUCUCCUCAGUCCACUUCCCCAAUGCUUCGUAAAUAG